CUCGCGCCAGCGGACUGUUGCUUUGAGGAGAUUUCAGUUAUGAAGCACGAGACUGGCGAAACUUUUGUCAACCAACAGUUGAAGAUUUCGAGUCCUUCACAGCGAAACUGAGGAUGCUGUAAACACAGAAGUUACGCGUCUGGUUUUGAACGGCCAGACGAAGACGGUGAUGGAGAAACCUGCGGAUUCUUCAGCUGUGAGGACACAGAGUAAUGACACGCGUGAUACACGGACAGUACGUGAGGAACGGCCCGGUAAACAUGUGGAUACGAUGGACGUGGUGCUGGAGAACGAGUCUGUCUGGAGUCGUUUUCACAGCGUGGGCACAGAGAUGAUAAUAACUGAGCAGGGCAGACGCAUGUUCCCCUGGUGUCGCUUUCGUCUCGCUGGUUUACACCCCAAACGCUGCUACUCUCUGCUCAUGGACGUCGUGCCUGCCGAUGACUAUCGCCACAGAUGGAAUGGAGAGAUGUGGGAAACGGACGGAGCGGGUGAGCCUCGUGUUCCGGGUGAGCCGUAUUUUCACCCCGACUCUCCAGCCUUGGGUCAACGCUGGAUGGACGGCCCGGUGUCCUUCUAUAAAGUCAAGUUAACCCAUGACACUGUGGAUCAGGAUGGUUGUGUGGCUUUGCGGCCCAUGCACCGUUACCAGCCUCGCCUUCAUAUCGUUCCUCAUCACCAGUGGGCCGUUUCAUUGCAGGACCCGGACGUCCAGAUGUUUACCUUCACUAACACAGAGUUUUACGCUGUGACGAGCUUCCAGAAUCCAAAGAUAAAACAGCUUAAAAUCAAUUGCAAUCCUUUUAUGUUGGCCUUCAGAGAAGACGGUGAGAAGAGUCUCAGGCCUGCUGUGAGUGACAGAUGUCAGUCACGGUCUGCGGUCAGUCACAGUCAUGAUGAUGACUCUGAAGACCACUUUUCAACACGCACUCGCGCUGAAUUCCAGUCUGAUGAAGAGCGAGUGUUGUCAGACAGACAGAGAUUUAUCUGUGAUCAGCUCAUCGGACGCUUCACAACAGAAGAUUCCGAGGCGACUGGACAGCCGCAUGUGUCGUCUGAUUCUUCUGAAGCUCAUCGUCCUGUCAGCAGAACCUCGGGUGAGAAUGUCGUCUCGGCCGUGAUGACCUCCUCACUUCACAGGCAGCAGAAAUCUGUCGCCCUGGCGUCUUCACGUCGCUCUGCUGUCUGUAACCCACGCGGGGUCGGCUGGAGGUCCAGAUGCUUGAGGAAAGCAAGGAAAGCCAAGUCUAAACGCUGGUCUAAUGUCAAGUAUGCGAGAGCCGCUGUUCUUCUGCCCCCUGCAGACACAUCCACGCAGCCCGACCUUGAGGACGUGGACGGCGUGCUGUUUGUGUCUUUCGGUGGAAAGGAAGCUCUUGAUGUUCAUGUUGUGAAUAUGAGGAGGUCUGUGGAACCUUCAUCAUCAUCACCACUCGCUCACAUUCAGACAGAGAACUUGCGGUGUGAUAAAGAGAAGCAGUACAUCUCACAGCAGCAGCUCAUCUUAGUUCAACAUCUGAAGAAACUGAAGAACAGACAGAUCAUUCAUCCUGCACUUCAAGACGUUGGGCUGAAACUGAACCUUCUGGAUCCUGCUGUACCUAUAGACUUACAUUAUCUAGGUGUGAGUUUAACUUCACCUGCUCUCAGCGUUGACAAUCUGACAGCGUCCUCUGAUGUUCCAUUUGUAUCACCGACUGGAAAGACAGACGACCCCAUCAAGACUAAAGGCUGUCAUAACACAAGUGGACAGAGCUCAAUAGACAGCUCGAUCAACCGUUCAGCAUUUUUCUCAGAUGAGUUGGAUGAAUAUCUUGAAAGUGAAGCUCAGCAGAUCUGUCAGCGUGCCGCUGUGUUUUCCACAAGCUCUCCGUCUUCUGUGGUCUACCAGAUGCCUGACAAAAGCAGCAGUUACGUCCGAACGUUAGACAGUGUUCUUCAGACGCGGGGCGCAACAGCAGCUCCUCCCACCGCGUCAACAGACCGUCGCAACCCGUCAAAUGUGUUGCCUUGCAAACCUGCUGUUAAAACCACUCCGGAAAGCUCAGGGAGAUCCAGACAAAGCACUUCAGUGAAGAUCACUGUGAAGAACGCUCAACGUUCACCUCAAGAGCGUCAUCACUCCACACGCAACAAACCUGAAGCAGAGGUCAGACCUGGAGGUCAUCUGAGCCGUACUUCCCACAUCAUUGUGUCUACACCUGCUAAAUAUCAACUGAAGCUGCUGGAGCAGGAACGAGAAGCAGUUUAUCACGGCAAGAGUCGCACGUUUGUCACUACAGAGAGAGCCGAGUUUGCUUUGACUUCACUGGUCACUUCAGAAAAAUCUAAGAAGCCAGUGUUCGGGAAGCAUCGUGUUAGUCAAGAUGUUUGCGGUAAUGACUUCUGUCGGCUGGGUUGUGUCUGUGAGAGUCUGACCAGAAAGAUCCGAGGACCCACACACUGCAGACGACUUCAGUGCAUGUUCGGCUGUGACUGCUUCAAGCACAAAGUUUUUCUCAUCCGUCCACCAGAAAGAAGCCAAACACACGUGAGGAAGAUUCCGCUUAUGGCUUUCCCUGUUGAUCCGCAAUUAAACCACAGGCCUGAUCCUGCGGCCAUCAUCACCCGCCUGUGGAACAGAAGAUCUGAUGACCGCGACACCGAGCUCAUCUUUACACCUACAGCAGCCACCUCUAAUCCUCCUGCGCUACAAAAAAACACCUGCUCACGUGUCUACGUUCCACGACCCAAUCCUGUGGUGCAGGAAAUGGAGAAAGAUCCAGUUUACAGGUACUUAGAAAGCAAGAUGACGUGCGCUCGUGUUCGAGAAUACAACAGUAAUCCACCACCGCAGUUCUACAUAAUACCCGUCAAGAAAAAAAGAUGUGAUAAUGAGACCAGUGAAGUCUCCCGAUCGUCUCCUGCUCGCACACAUCUGACAUCUCAGAGUCCAGACAAGAACGCUGCAGCAUCAAAAGAGCCGGAAGCCACUAAGGUUCUGGAAAUCAUAUCUGAGUGUAACUGGGAGGCCCAGCGGACCCUGGUGCUUAAAGAAGUGUUUCGUUGCGUCGAUAUGAACCUCCUGUCAUCCUCUCUUUUCAUCGACAUCUUCAAAGUGGAUCUUCUCUCAACAACUCUUAAAAAAGACGACGGACGCUGCACGUUGAGCUACAAGGUCUGCGUGUCCCUCAGGGAGCCGUUGAGCCGGACUGAUGAGCCACGAAAUAAAGCAAACAAACAGGAGAUGUUUACCGAACGAACUCAUGUGAACACGUCUGAUUGUCAAGUCUACGAAUCAAGUUGUAAUGAUGAAACUCAUUUUAGAAGUGUUGACAACGAGAUCAGGAGCCUGAAGCAUUUUCCUCUUCUGUCUCGUGUUAUUCCGGCCGGUUGUCUAAAGGCCAGCGUGAAGAUGUCUGCGUGUCCUCGUCCAGUUCAGGUCAAUGGAAAAUCAUACACCAAGGCAAAUUUGUUAUUGGGCCAAAUAGGAUCAUUGCAUCCAGCCAAUCGUCUUGCUGCGUACGUUACUGGCAGGAUGAAGCCAAUGUGUCGGAGUAAGUCCCCUGGCAAAUUAGUUCCAGAAACGCUUCCAGACAGAACGCCUGCCAGUCUGAAGGACACCCAACCUCCAGUGAUUCCCGGGCCCCCCCAUGAGACCAUAUAUUCACCCCUAAAUGUUUGUAAUCCUGUCUUAAUCCCAAACCUUUCUUCAACACCUAAUCAUAUUACAUCAUCUAACCCCAGACUGACUGUGCCAAACUCCAUACCACCACCCAAACACACAAAUACCAGUAAACCCAAUAUAGUUCUCCCGGCCUCUGCUCUUCCACCGGGUCAAAGUGUGGUUCUGCACCCGGUCUCAGGUGUGAGCGGAGCAAACAUCUGUCAGUUCAAUGGCCAAAUAAUUCAACUGUUUCCUCUUCCUGCAGUGUUACCCAUUCAUCCGCAAGCCAAAGAGAACGCUCAUCAAAAAGCACAAACACUAAGUGUUCAACCACCUCAGAUGAUCCAAACCACUGCGAAGCCUCAAAAAACGGCAGCUUUUCCUAAACGGCAUCCCUUCAUUGCUCCCAAGAUCCUUUUUCUGCCCAGAACCACAGGCUUCGGCUUUACUAGUGACACUACAGCUCAAGGUCCACACGGCGGUUUGCCUGGUAAGACAGGAACAUUUUCUUUCCGGAUAUGCCCACCUGCUGAAGGGCAGACAGAUGCAGGAGAAAGUUCUUCCACAGUAUUACUGCCUGGAGGAUAUCGCUUAAUGAAACUGCCCGUGGAAGAUCAUUCCUGUGAGGAUGGCCCAUCUGCUGGCGUACCCUCAGCGUCACAUCUGAUGAAGAAACGCACAGCACAACACAAACACCAUUCAAACGGAGCCACUGAAAGGGAUUCGUUCGCUGAGGCUAACGCUAAACAGAAGGGUCAGAUCGUCCCCAUGACGCACGUGAAUGCAGCGAGCUCCAGCCGUGUAGACGUCACUAACAAAGAUCCAGUGACACAUGAAUCCUCAGUUGACAUUAAAACAGAACCAGAUGACAUUACAACACAGCCGCCCUUCACCUCUGAUGCGCCUGAAGAUGGUCCUGAACAUUUCAUCAAAACUGAGCCGUAUGACUCGACACAAACGGACUCUUACUCCACACAUCGUCGUCUUCUUAAACAAGAGCCGAGCAGCUCUCAACCUGUUGACAACCCUGAGAACACCGAAGAAAGCAAUGAUGCUGAAAAAGAUUUUGUUGUCAUCAAAAUAGAGACUUUGGAUGAGACGUCAGAAACCAACCAGUUCUCCCAUCAGAUCAGUGAAAACCCCAGAAAGCCAGUGAACGACUCGCCGUCCAGCCGCUCGGACACACAUCUGAAGAUCCAACCGGCUGAAAGUAAUUGUCCAGUUCUCAAAACGGAUGCAGAGUUCACACAGCCUGUCAAUGUCAUGAGCUGUCUCAAACCAUCGCUCAAUAACGCUCAACAACAUGCAGAAGUUAAGACGUGCAGCUGGCCGUUCAGACUCAUGCAGAAAGCCAUGAACUCGUGUGAAGACGACAAGGACGAACAAAGAGACCUCUGUGAAUUGAGUUCAAGCAUCAAUGACUCUGAUGACAUCAUCGAGCGAUUCACUGAAGACUGGACCCCAGAGGAGAGUUCUAGUGAAGAUGAUAUUAACCUCGACCCAUUUGAUGAGAACGCUGAAAAGAUGAACAAGAGCAGAAGGACAUCAAAGGAAGCAGGACAGCUCAGAUUGAGCGAUGGACGGGGUGGAUUUCAGGAGGGACAGAUGCAGUAUGACGUAGUGGAACACGGGUCUCAUCUGUGUGUUUAUAAGCGAGCGUGGCGUCUCAAUCGUUCUGCGAGGAGACGGAGACGACGUGCUGAAUUACCUCAGUGCUUUGAUACUUUGAAGAGGAUUCUGAACAUCGAAGAUCCCGACAUGAGCGUUCAAGAUGUUCUUCUGCAGGCGUGUGAUAUGAUUGGAGCUCUUGAGCACCGCAGCAACUGUCUAAUGAAGAAGAAGAAAUCUUUGAUUCAGAAACACUCCCGUUACAUUUCACUCAUCUCACAGCUCUCUGGAACGGUGAGACAACACACUGGGCAGAAAAGCACAGCAGAAACAUCUCCACACAAGCAUUCAGUGGCAAAAAGACCCUCAGGUUUGCCCAACAUAGUGCUGCAGUCAUUCAGCAAGAUUUAGGAUGUGUGGUGACCUGACUCUUCAGAACUCUGCGUGGACUUCAUUUGACAUUCCAGCACAGAGAAGCAGAAAUAUCUCCUCCAUGAGGAACUGUGUUUCUACACCAGGAUCUUCCAGUCUUUAUAAACCUGAGAAUCACAGUCAUAAUUGACAGUCGACGGAUGGGAGAUUAUGUGAGGAGGUGUUAAUAUCACUUUCAUCUGAAUCACAGCAAACCCUUUUGCUUUCUGUCCAUAAAAUACAGGUCAAAACUUUACAGCAAUAUUACUGUUUACAAAGAUUGUAGAUAUGAAUGUAUUGAAAUGACCUCAUAAGCCCCACGUUGGGGCAGUGUUGUAAUGGAUUCUUGUUUAAUACUAAACAUUAUAUAUACACUAAACCUUGCACAAUCUAUGGAAUUUAUUCUACAGAUGUAUUUUUCAUUUAAAGUUAUGUCAGUUGUAUGGACCUGAAUUAUGUAAAGAAUGAUCUGCAUCUACUGGUGUCAGAACAGCGGCUUCAAUUGCUGUUGAAACUUUAAACUAAACUCAUUGUUUCAA